UUCCAGUGUGGUUGUGUUCUUCGUCCUUCUCCACUCCAAACGUGUUUUUGAUUUCUGUUUUCACUUUUAUUAUUACAGUUUACUUCCAAACGCGCCACAACGACACAACCAAAGAAGAAGUUCACACCUCAUAGUUUCCGUUAGAUCGAACAAACGACACCUUCAUCUCAACCAUCACCGUCGCGUUUCGUCACCGUGAUGAGAGAGCCAAGAGAUGCAAUCAAAACCGAUCUCAAAACCACCAAAUCCGCAUCUUCACCUGCUUCUUUCCCUCUCAUUCUCGACGUCGAUGACUUCAAGGGAGAUUUCUCGUUCGAUGCGCUGUUCGGGAAUCUGGUGAAUGAGCUUCUUCCGUCUUUCAAAUUAGAGGAACUUGAAUCGGACGGUGGUGAUUCUCUGCCGAACGGUCAUCUACGGUCUGAUGCGAAUAAAUACUCGCAAGGCGUUUCGAGUCCCUUGUUUCCUGAUGUUGAGAAACUCUUGUCUUUGUUCAAGGAUUCUUGUAAGGAAUUGCUUGAGCUACGUAAACAGAUUGAUGGGAGACUGUACAAUCUUAAGAAAGAUGUUACUGUUCAAGACUCUAAGCAUCGGAAGACACUAGCUGAGCUGGAGAAAGGUGUAGAUGGGUUGUUUGAAAGCUUUGCGAGGUUGGAUUCACGUAUUUCAAGUGUUGGUCAGACAGCUGCAAAGAUAGGAGAUCAUCUCCAGAGUGCAGAUGCUCAGCGAGAAACUGCCAGUCAAACUAUUGAGCUGAUAAAAUACUUAAUGGAGUUCAAUAGCAGCCCUGGCGAUCUGAUGGAGCUUUCCCCUCUUUUUUCUGAUGAUAGCCGUGUUGCUGAGGCUGCUUCAAUUGCACAAAAAUUGCGGUCAUUUGCUGAAGAAGAUAUAGGAAGACAUGGUAUAACUGCCCCAUCAGCAAUGGGAAAUGCAACGGCUAGCAGGGGAUUAGAAGUUGCAGUUGCUAAUUUACAGGAAUACUGUAAUGAAUUGGAGAAUAGACUGCUUUCUCGGUUCGAUGCAGCAUCACAGAAAAGAGAAUUGACCACAAUGGCAGAAUGUGCCAAAAUUUUGUCUCAGUUCAACAGGGGGACAAGUGCCAUGCAACAUUAUGUAGCAACACGUCCAAUGUUUAUUGAUGUGGAAGUAAUGAAUGCAGACACUAGGUUGGUUCUUGGUGACCAAGCUGCACAAACUAGUCCUACUAAUGUUGCUCGUGGGCUUUCCUCCUUGUACAAAGAAAUCACAGACACUGUCCGUAAAGAGGCUGCAACAAUCACUGCUGUAUUCCCUUCACCCAGUGAAGUUAUGUCAAUUUUAGUUCAGCGAGUUUUAGAGCAGCGAGUUACUGCCCUUCUGGACAAACUAUUAGUUAAACCUUCUCUUGUGAAUUUACCUUCCAUGGAGGAAGGUGGGCUCCUAUUCUAUCUUCGAAUGCUGGCAGUGGCGUAUGAAAAGACCCAAGAAGUUGCUAGAGAUCUCCGAGUUGUAGGAUGCGGUGACUUGGAUGUUGAGGGCCUGACAGAGUCCUUGUUUUCGAAUAACAAGGAUGAAUAUCCUGAAUAUGAGCAGGCAUCUCUCAGACAGUUAUAUAAAGUGAAGAUGGAAGAAUUGCGAGCUGAAAGCCAGAUUUCUGAUUCAUCUGGAACAAUUGGACGCUCAAAGGGAGCUACGGUAGCUUCUUCUCAGCAGCAAAUAUCCGUCACUGUUGUAACAGAGUUUGUGCGUUGGAAUGAAGAAGCAAUCUCAAGAUGCAAUCUCUUUUCUUCCCAGCCUGCUACACUGGCAACCCAUGUAAAAGCAGUGUUUACUUGCCUGCUUGACCAAGUUAGUCAAUAUAUAGCAGAAGGUCUUGAACGCGCUAGAGACGGUCUGACUGAAGCAGCUAAUUUGAGGGAAAGAUUUGUGCUGGGUACAAGUGUUAGCCGUAGGGUUGCUGCUGCGGCCGCAUCUGCUGCGGAGGCCGCGGCUGCUGCUGGUGAAAGCAGUUUUAGAUCUUUCAUGGUUGCUGUACAACGUUCGGGAAGUAGUGUAGCUAUUAUUCAACAAUACUUUGCAAAUUCUAUAUCUAGGCUUUUGCUUCCUGUGGAUGGUGCACAUGCUGCUGCUUGUGAAGAAAUGGCUACAGCAAUGUCAAGUGCAGAGGCUGCUGCUUACAAAGGAUUACAACAGUGUAUUGAAACUGUCAUGGCUGAGGUAGAGCGAUUGCUUUCAGCUGAGCAAAAGGCUACGGAUUAUAAAUCACCUGAGGAUGGAAUGGCCCCUGACCACCGGCCAACUACUGCCUGCACAAGGGUUGUGGCUUAUCUUUCUCGGGUGCUGGAGUCUGCAUUUACUGCUUUAGAAGGUCUUAAUAAACAAGCAUUUUUGUCUGAACUGGGAAAUCGCUUGCACAAGGUUCUGCUAAACCAUUGGCAGAAAUAUACUUUCAAUCCAAGUGGGGGAUUGCGUCUGAAGCGUGACAUUACCGAGUAUGGAGAAUUUGUGCGUAGUUUCAAUGCUCCUUCUGUCGAUGAGAAAUUUGAAUUGUUGGGCAUAAUGGCCAAUGUCUUCAUUGUUGCCCCUGAGAGCCUUUCAACUUUGUUUGAGGGUACACCCAGCAUCCGGAAAGAUGCGCAAAGAUUUAUUCAACUUCGGGAUGACUACAAGAGUGCCAAGCUUGCAUCCAAAUUGAGUUCCUUGUGGUCUUAACAAAAGUGGGCCAGUGAUCUUGAACUGCCUCUCAAGUAUGGUCUAGAGUAUACAUCCACCUUUUUUUGGGGAUAUGAAACUGGCUCCCAAACCGAACCCAUUCGGUGGCGAUGUCACGCGUUGAAGACAUUGUGGUAGCGUUCCCUCUUACUGAAUCUAUCUUAAGACAUGGCUUAGAAGGAAGAAAAUGUAGAGCUGUAGUUUCUAUAAUCUUUGUUCAUUUCAGAUUCCAAGUUUCCCUUUGUGAGAGUAUUAUGUUUAUAUAUUUUUUUAUUUGAAUUAUUAAUUUUUGGUGCUAAAUGGACCCUGUUAAGACCGAGUAAAUAUAGGCUAUACUUCAACUCAAUGUGUAACCUUAAUUUCCAUUGUGCUGUUUUUGGAAUGCAAUAUAUCAUCCUACGUUGUAGACUUGUAGUCGUAAGUUUGAAGUCAUUGAGUGCAUUUAUUUUAAGAACUCUACCAUAUUUUGUGUA